GCUCCCUCUUGCUUACGGCUGUCAAUUGGAGCUUGUUCUGUUCUAGUUCGCUUGUGAACAUCAUGGAUAUAGCUCCAAAAUUGGAGAAUCUGAGGAAAAUCCCCUCUGCGCGUCUGCCUCCCCCGGUCCUCUUUCAAGGUCCACCGACUUCCCAUAAUGGAUCUAGCAUCUCUCUCACACCUGCGGUGCCCCCUGUUUCUCCGGGUGGAGGGGUUCAGCGUCCUGCACUGCAGCGGAAUCGUUCCUCUCGCAAUCCCGGUGGCCUCGAGACUCCAGGUUCUCUUUCGCCCUUUCUAUCGCGUACCCAGUCCAAAGGCGAAGUAGAUCGCUCGGACGCCAUCUGGCAAGAAAUGCAAAAUGCCUUGUCAGAGGUCGAGCUGAGCGCGGUAGCUAGUGGACACGUUUUUGGCGAGAAGCACUCUGAAGCCCUUGAAGACCUGCGAACGAAACAGCUGAAGCUUGCGCAAGCCUGGGCUCGAAGCGAAGCUGACGAGGUAGUUGAUCCGAAGAAUGCAGCUAGCAAGAGUCAGUCAAGACCGAGGGUAUCCUCUCGAGCCACAAGUCCCUCGGGAGAGCCAACCGCACCAGACGAUGCCUCCCAGAGGAACCUAGACGAGGAAACAGAAAAGGACAUUCUUCUGGCGCGUGAGAGGCGUGAAGCGAAUGAUCGCUACUUCGACCGGGUCAACAACGGUGUAUUGGAUGUGGUAGCUAAGCUUGAGGAGGUUGCUCAAGCUAUGCGGGCCGUGGAGAGGGAGAGCAGAGACAUCUGGAGUGACAAUGAAAGCAUAACCACAGAGACCGCAUCAACGGCUAACACCGGAUGAAACUGUCAGGCGCCUAUGAGUAUUGAUCAUCAGUGGACGUCGCGCAAGGUUUCCAGCCCUGUGGCUAUGGUCUACAUGCCAUGCUGACUGACAGUCGACGUAUACAUUCCAUCAAUUCCAACAGUGCUCUGCAUAGGUGGGGUUACUACCACGCACGUGGCAAUGGGAAUUCUAUCGUCCUGAUUGUGUGACGACCACAAGAAACCACCUGCAAUUUGUAUGACCUGCGGUAUUGUGAGAAGAAGG